UUAGCAAUGCUCUUAUCCAACUAUUUCUCAUCCUCUCUCUACAGCAUGAUGUACAUUCCAACUGGUAGGCUGUCAAGUGAACGGAAGGGCCAUAAGGAAGUGUCCACGCGAAACGAUUUUCAGUUGAUGGCAGCGGGCAGCUCAAUCAAAUAAAUGUUCAAUUGAUAACAUUUUCGAGAUAUCAACAAAAAAUUCGAACUGCAAAUAAAAUUAAUCUGACAAAAGAAUAAACAAAAAACCGAAAAACUUGCCUUGAGCCAAGUAUUUUUUUUUCACUGUGACGCUGUGCGCGAAAAGCCGUCAAAAUUACGACGUAUCACCCACCCACGCCCAAAGUCAAACAGAACCCGGCCAAUAUGGACAGCACGUCCGGGCCGGGUGCGUUUGACGAUGAGCCGCCGCCGGAGCCACGGGAUGGCUGGCUACUGGUGCGCAUCCAUGUGCCGGAGCUGAAUGUCUACAAGUGUCUGCAGUUCCCAUCGGAGCGACUCGUCUGGGAUGUCAAGCAGCAGGUGCUGGCCUCUUUACCAAAGGAGCUGAAAGAGAGCUUUAACUAUGGCCUCUUUGCACCACCCUCGAAUGGAAAGGCGGGCAAAUUUCUAGAUGAGGAGCGUCGCCUGGGCGACUAUCCUUUCAAUGGACCCGUUGGCUAUCUUGAGCUGAAGUACAAGCGUCGCGUGUAUAAAAUGCUUACACUGGAUGAGCGUCAGCUGAAGGCGCUACACACACGCGCCAACCUGCGUCGCUUCUUGGACUGCAUCAAUGGCGGACAUGUGGAGAAGAUAGCCAAGAUGUGUGCCAAGGGCCUGGACCCGAACUUCCAUUGCUCAGAAAGCGGCGAGACGCCCCUCUCGGUGGCCACCGGUGCCAAGAAGCCCAACAAGCUGCUUAUUGCAUUGGUCAAUGGCGGUGCUCUGCUGGACUAUCGCACCAAGGAUGGCACCACAGCGCUCCAUCGAGCUGUCGAACAUGAUUCGCUCGAGGCGGUCAGCACGCUUUUGGAACUUGGCGCCUCGCCCAAUUAUCGUGACGGGCGUGGCAUAACGCCCCUUUAUAUUUCAAUAACGCGCAAAUGCGAGGCGAAGAUUACGGAGAGCCUCUUGCAUGAUCACGCUACGCUGGGCAUACAGGACAGCCAGGGCUGGAACGAGGUGCAUCAGGCCUGUCGGCACGGCCUGGUGCAGCACUUGGAACACUUGUUGUUCUACGGUGCUGACAUGGAUGGACGCAAUGCGUCCGGUAACAGCCCGUUGCAUGUUUGCGCUGUUAACAACCAAGAGGCUUGUGCUAGAAUGCUUCUCUUUCGCGGCGCACAACGCGGUGCCCAGAACUUUGCCAACCAAACUCCCUAUCAGGUGGCGGUCAUCGCUGGCAACUUGGAAUUAGCCGAAAUCAUUGAGAACUACAAAUCGGAGGAUAUUGUACCCUUCCGGGGGCCGCCACGCUACAAUCCGAAGCGCCGGUCGGGCAUCGGCUGGCUGAGCGCCAAUGGGGCCGCUGGCGCUGCGCUGCUGGCAGCGGCUGCCGGUGGGCUGGGUGGUGCAGGCGCUGUUCCGGGGCCAGGUGGCCAGCAGCAGCAGCAGCAGCAGCAGCAGGUGUGUGUGAAUGGCGGCAAUGGGUCGUUGGGCACGCUUACGCGACGUGAGUUGCAGCAGCUGCAGCCACCACACCACAAUUUGACCCAUCCGAACCACCAACAGCCCCACAGCCAUCAGCACGUGCAGCAGCACUUGCACCACCAGCACCAGCAGCCGCAUCUGCAGUUGCAUGGCCCGCCCUCGCCUUGUCCAUCGGAGCACAUGCUGGGCGCCUACAGCUCGGCCAGCUCGAGUCUUUCCGAGGGCUCGUCGGGACAUCGCUCGCACGAAGACGACAUCAGCAUUGUGACAGAUAAGUCGCUGGGAGACACCAGCGACAUCAUCAGUGAUUCGUCGGGCGUGGGCACUAAUUCGGACUCGGCAGCCUGCUCCAUUGGACAUCCCAGCACCACGGUGGUGUGCAUGGAGCCCUACGCGGGCAACACGGUGGGUCACAUUCGCCUGCAGCCGGGUGAUGUGAUCGAGGUGGUUGGCAGCACCGAUUGCGGCCUGCUCGAGGGCUAUGUGCGUGGCACCAAUCAUUCGGGCUUCUUUCCCGCCGACUGCGUCCAGGAGGUGAAUCUGCGCCAGAAGCACAUUACCAAUGUGAUGACCGCCAGCACGGGCAUGGCCCCACAACAACACCAACAGCAGCAGCAGCAGCAGCAGCAUCAGGCAUUGCAGGCCCAGCAGACACAGCCAGCCUCCUACCAGGGCUCCCCACAGCUGAGCCUGGGCGGUCACUCGGGCAGCUCCAGUACGCUGCUCCAACAGCCGCAUCAGUCGCCCUCGCUCUCCAUGACCAGCAACGGCUCGUGCCAGCAGCAGCCCGAGGGCAUGGUCAACAAUUCCAUUGGACAGUACAGCAGCGCCACAGCGCCACGCAUCAAGAAGAGCGCUUACAACGCGCCACGCUCAGUGGUGUUGCAUAGGGCCAAGCGUGGCUUUGGCUUCAUUUUGCGCGGUGCCAAGGCAAGUUCCCAGCUGAUGCAGCUGCGUCCCUCCGAGCGCUUCCCAGCGCUCCAGUACUUGGACGACGUGGAUCCCGGCGGCGUUGCCGACAUGGCCGGACUACGUCCAGGCGACUUUCUGCUCACCAUCAAUGGGGAAGACGUGAGCGCCGCCUCGCAUGAACAGGUCGUCGAGAUGAUACGCUCCGCAGGCGCUCUGGUCAACAUGACCGUCGUCUCGCCCCAGUUUCCACUGCAGAUGCAAGCCAGCGCUCAGUAUUUGCCCAGCGGUGCACGCGCCGGCAGCCAGCAUCUGUCCAGUGGACCCAGCACACCGCAGAGCGCGCACCGCCAAUGCGCCACUUUGCCCCGAAAGAUGUCUAUGGGUCCGGGCGGCCAUGCCAGCGGCAGUGGCUCUGCCGGUGGGGGAAGUGUUCGCAUGGCUCCGAUGCCACCGCGCCGCGAUCCAAAGACUACCCUGAGCGUGGGUCGGGCCAGAGCCAAGUCGAUGGUAGCCGGCCUGGAGAAUGGAGGCGAGAAGGAGCAGGACGAGCAGGUGCCGCAUGCCAAAUCCAAUUCGGUUGAGUCGAUUGCCACGCCCACGCCCACACAUCCGGGCACGCCGGUGCAGCUGCGCACGGCCAGCAUUAAGGCGCGACCCACAUCGAGUCGCAUCACAGCUGCCGAGCUGGAAGAGCUCUUCCAGCGACAGCAGGGCGAGGGCAGCACCUCCAAUGCCAGUCGUUACGCCACCAUGAUGACCAGCUCGCGGUUCCAGUCGGGCACAGACAGUGGUGCUGCGACGCCACCCGGCGCCAAUGGCUCGCCAAUGCGCACAGGUCCCCUGGUCUAUGGCAGCGUGGCCGAGAUGAAGCGCCAGAAGACGGCGAGAACCAAGCAUGGCAGCGGCACGCUGCGUGGCAAGCCCGUCGCCACGCCCACCGUGGGCGGGGCGAUUGUUGGCAGUGGACGAGAUCUGAAGCGUUUCCACUCGACGCCCGAUCUGCAUGGACCGCAACUGCACGGCUCGGCCUCAUCCAUUUGGCAGGCCGCAGGCAAAGGCCAUCACUCGCAGGACGAUGUGGCCACGCUGCAUGCCUCGCUGCAGCGCCUCAACACAACUGGUGACAAGGAGAUCAAAGGCGGGGCAGGUGCAGCUGGUGCCGUGUUGCCACCACCCAAUCACCCACCGCCGCCGCCCCCAGUAGGUCAGGUGGUCAAGGUGGAGACGCGCAGCAGCGUCUCGGAGUACGAGAGCACAAUAUCGCUGCAACAGAAGCUGAAGAAGCGUGCAGAGAAUGACGCAGUCACCUCGGCGGCCAUCGAUGGCGUCCAGAGCAGCUUCAAUCCGUCGGCCAAUGCCAAGAUCUACGCUUCGCCGCAGGAGCUACGCAAUGUGAUGGCCUGGAAGCUGCGGCAGGCGCAGGAGAAACCACAGCAGGAAACCCUGCCACAACCACAGCCACAUCAGCAGCAACUACAGCAGCAGCAGCAGCAGCAGCAACAACAGCAGCAACAACAGCAACAGCAGCAUAUCAGUCAAUAUGCGGCACCCACACAGCUGCGUCCACAGGCUGCAGCUCCGGUGGGCUCUCACUAUGCAGCUCCACAGCUGCAGCAACAGCCAACAGCAGCAGUCGCUGCACCACAAUCGCCUCCUGCGCCGCCACCACCGCCAGCAGCAGAACAACAACAGCAGCAUUCAAAUGGCACUGCAAGUGCAUCAGCAACUGUUGGUGGUCUAGCUCCACCCAUACCCGAGCCGGACUACAGCUGCAGCGAGUCAGACGGCGAGGAUGAAAACUCGAUUCUGGUUGCCCGCAACACGAAGCUCAAUGAGAAAAUUGCACUGUUCGAUGUUCCGGAGACCAGCGGCAACAGCCAGGGCAGCGGCAGCAGCUCUGCCUCUGGCUCGGGUGCCUCCAUAUCGCACUCGCUGUCCGUGGAGGAGAUACAGCGCAUACGCAGUAAUCUCAAGACCUCCAAGUCCUCGCCCAAUGGCUUUCUUAAAAAGGAAGACGAGCUGCAGCAGCAGCCACAGCAGCAACAGCUGCUGCCACAGCCCGCUGCUGGCGAGGAUGAAUGCGAUAAUAGCAGCUCUGGUGUGAGCAGCGACCAAGAGUUGCUCGCCACGUGCGGAGCCAAGCCAACGGAUACCAUCAAGAAGAAGCCAAGCGUUACUAUUGUCGAGGAGCCGAAGACCAUACCCGAUCCACCAAUGAAGCCAUUGGCCAAGACGACCAUCAGCAUUGGGGCAGCAACAGUCAAUAGCAACAGCAACAGCAUUAAUGCAGGCACGAAUGUGGCGCAUGCCGCAGCUGCCUACGAAGCAGCCACUAAGACUAGUACCCCCAAUCUGAACAACAAUGCCAGCAGCAAUCACAACAACAACAGCAGCAGCAACAACAUGACAGCGACAGCAACAACCACGCUGACUGUAAAGCAGCUGGUGCAGCAGCAACACGCGCCAGUCAUACAGCAGCAGCAGCAGCAACUCAGCGCCACUAAACCAACAGUCAUGGUGGCCAACAAGCCGCUAGGAGCCACCACUCAAGUCAAAUCGAAUCAACCCGUGCUCAGCCCUCAGGUGCUUGGUCGCAUACCCAACGUGCAUCACCAGCAGCAGCAGCAGCUGCAGCAACACCAAUCGAAUCCCAAUAUAAAGCUGAUUGCCACACAGCAGCAGAUACUGCAACAGCAGCAGCAGCAGCUGGCACACCAGCAACACUUGCAGCAGAUACUCAAAGCCAAAGCAGCGGCCGCUGGUGGCGCCAGCACCGCCGCCCUGGUGGCCAAGCAGCAGCAGCAGCUGCACAAGGGCCACGACUCGGAGCUGGAGCAGCGUUCCGAUCUCGAUGACGAUGAUGGUGAAUUGAGUCCCUCGCCGCCGGCCAAGGCAUUCCAGCGCCACAAUUCGCUGACGCGCAAACAGGCAGCGGCCAUUGCCAUGCAGCGGGGUGCCACACGCACCACAGCCGUCUCGUUGGUACAGCUACCACCACCUCUCGAAGCGGACAGCGAUGGCGAGCCAACGCAGCAGCAACAUAUGCUGCAACAGCAGCAGCAACAGCAGCAGCUGGCCACGCAUAUUGUGGGCAUGCUGCCCAGCGGCCAGUUGGUGGCAGUGCCCUCUGCUGCUGUUGCUGCUGCUACCGCUGUGUCGCAGCCGGGCAACAACAAUCUGCAGCUGUGCACCGAGAACCUGGUGCUGGCACCGCCGCCCCAAUUCUGUGACUGCAAUGAUGCCAAGCAUGCGCCGCAGUAUCAUCCACAGCAGCAGCAGCAGCAACAACAGCUGCAACAGCAGCAGCAACAGCAUCAGCAGCAGCAGCAACAGCAGCAGCAGCAACAACAGCAGCAGCAUCAGCGGCUGUCUGGUGGCGCUGGCGCUGGCGCAGUUGGCACCUUGGGGCGCGUGCGCAUUGUUGGCGCUAUGCCCAAGGCCAAUCAUCAUAGGCUGCACUAGAGCAGCCGUCGAUAACUUAUCGAUCAAUCGAUUGAUCGAUCAACAAUUUGCCAAAAACGUUUAAACGUUAAUUAGAGUUAUAACAGCAAAACAGCAACAGUCAUUGCCAUUCACAACGAAUAGCUGCACCCACACACACAUACACACAACACACACAUGCGCACGCUGGCAACAUAAGCUGCCAGCAACAUGUUUCGAAUCAAUUUCAAUUGCAACUUGUAUGCAAAUGCAAUCGAUGACUAAAUAAAUUCAAAAAUAUGUAU